AUGAGACUUACAGGCGACGACGGUAAGGAAGACACAGGCAACCUGCUGGAAGGAGGCUCUGCUGAGGCCCUUGAACUGACUGUGCAGCAGACAGCGGUGAACGGCACAUUGCAUGGCUCAGUUCUCCUGCCAGUUUCAUACAGAACCCCACGCAGUGAUCACGUGAAAAUUACCUGGACUUGCCAACAUUCACUGAAACCAAUCCUUGUGUAUACGAGGUGGUGUACAUUGUUGAGCUUCCAGGCAUCUACAUUAAAUUGUUCUGGGACAGGAGACACCGCAAAAUCCUACGAGAGUCGAACAACCAUCUUUCCCGAGAAUGCCUCACUACUACUUGACAACUUGGAAUUGAAUGACACCGGCACCUACACAGUUAAAGUUGAAACUGCAGGAUUUUCACAAGCGAAAGAAAUCAACCUAACAGUUAUCACAGAAACAGUAAACAACAGCACCGGUUUGCUUCCGAACAACACAACGGAUGCGGGUGGCAGUAUAAUUCCCAUGGUUGUUGUUCCUGGCUCCAUAUGUACAGUCUUGGUUCUGUACUGCCUCGCUCGAAAGCGAACCGCUGCAGGACGAAGGAGCAAGGGAUUGGAUGUGGCAGCAGACACUGGCGAGGCAGUGGCCCAGGAUGCUGAUGGCCACACACCUUCUGAGACCAUUGUCUACGCAAUGAUCAGCAACUUCCCAAGUGAACCCCGUCACGGAGCAGGAAGUAGGACAUCAGAUCUAGCCAUGGAGUACGCUUCAAUUAGAUUCAAAUAAUAAUAAUAAUAAUCCUUAUGUUCGACAUAGCG